CCGGGCGACGGCCUUUCAAAUGAAAAUCAACAAAAUCUCACCUUUUUUCUUUUUUUUGGCUCAAAUCCAAAUAACUCAUCUUUACUUGCAAACUUCUUAGCCGGCGACACACAGAGGAGGAAGACAAAAUGGCGCAGGUGGUGAGAGCAGCGGUACCGCUAUUCCAACGCCAAUUACUCCAUUUACUCUCUCUUCAAAUACCCACCACCACUAUAACCACCACAAUCACAGCCUCUAACCGCCUCUUUAUGCUCUCACACUGCCGCCACGCCCACCUCAAACCUCGCGCUCUCCGUUCACCCCAGGAAGUCGACCUCUUGAAAGACAGCCGCAGCAAAAAGCUUAGUAGUAGCGAGUCAGACGACGAGGAUGACGAAACGACGGCGGAGGAUAAGAAGAAGAAGCAAAGGAGAAGCCGUAAUGAGAUGAAACGUAAAGCUCGUCAAGCUGUUCAUUGGGGCAUGGACCUCGCCUCUUUCACCACCCCCCAAAUUAAGCGUAUUCUCAAGGCGGCUUCACUGGAGGAAGAGGUUUUUGAGGCUCUAAUGGUGGUUAAGAAACUAGGAGCAGAUGUUCGUGAAGGGAAGCGAAGGCAGUUCAAUUAUAUAGGGAGGCUGCUUCGGGAUGCUGAUGCACAGCCUGAUUUGCUUGGAUCUUUAAUUCAAGCAACAAAAGAUGGUGACCAGUCUACAUUUCAGGCCUUAGCAGGUUCUGGGAAAUUGGUUGAGGAAGGCCCUGAGGAAGACCUUCAUGAAUCCGAAUUUGAAUCGGAACCCGAACAGGAACUGGAGGAUUCUGGCGAUCAUGUCUUGCUAGCGAGCAAAUGGUUUGACGGUCUUAUUGGAAAGGAUAUCCAGACAAGCAAUGAAGUAUACUCUCUUGAUAGCGUGGAUUUUGACCGCCAAGAGUUGCGGAAACUUGUCCGGAAAUUGCACACUCUGCAAGAUCGCCAGAAUGGCAUUGAAGAAGACCUGAAAAAGAGUGCCGAAUUGACUGCUGCUAAGAAGUUGCUUAAUCGCUUCCUUUGUUCUCUAGCAAAACGUCACUCCAGUGCCCAAAAUGUAGAUGUAUAGAAAUAUUCGACUUUGUAACAUUAUAGUUCAUUUAGAUUUAGUUCUGGUCUUAAUUCUGGUUGAUUGCAUGAGACGGGGACGGGGGGUAACUUUUUUUCCCCCAUAUUAAAUGUCUUCUGCAAGAGUUUAGCAACCAAGUUAGUAACAUCAUUCAAGAUACAUGUAAUAUCACUGUAGCUUAGUAGUGCAAGAGUAUAUCCAGUGCAAAUCAAUGAAGUUUUAUGGGCCAUUAGUCAAUAAUGGUAUAUUUUGCCAUCUGAA